AUGCAGGAGUUUGAAGAUAUAGAAAUACACAAAACAAGUGUAUCGUACAUCUAUCUGAAAUACUACACUGUGUUUAAAAUGAUUGGUACAAACAAUCACUAUAUUGAAAGGUUAUACCUUGAUAAAAGGAGAAAUGAAGAAGUUUAUGUUGAUACAUGUCCACUUCCUCAGCAUCAAAUUGAUGGAAUAAGAUUUUUGUUUAGACAAUUCAAACAUAAAAAACAGGGUAUAAUACUGAGCAAUCCUGAAGGUUAUGGGAAAACUGUACAAGUAGUAUUAUUCUUAAAUGCUGUUCGUAAGAUAUUGAAGAAUCCUGUGUUAAUUCUGUGUAAAGAUGACAAGGAAGUCAACAAAUGGAAUAACAUUUUUAAGAUGUGGACAAAAUAUACUGAGGAGGACAUAGUAGUUGAUCCGACAAAUAUUUUCGUGAAGAAGUCUAUAUUCAUCAAGAAUACAACGGAAGCAGCAUCGUAUUCCCGGCGCGAUUGGAGCGUGGUUGUCGUGAAGAACGACUUAGUGCCAAAGGACUUGUUAAAAGUAUCCUUUAACACUGCUUAUAAAAUAUGGCUGACAACUAUCGACAUGCGAAAAGAUAUUCAAAUGCUGAAUGCAAUCUAUAGCUGGCUGUAUUCAGAGAAAAAAUUUAAUGUAGAAAAUUUCCUGACUUCAAUAACUGAUAUCAAAGGAUCAUUAAAUAAAUUGCUGCUGCUGGAUGCAUUCCUAGAAGACAUUGUUAUAGCAAGAAAUGAUUUUAUGACGCCUUUUAAGACUGAUGAGAUUUUACCCGAAGAUGAAAUAAAUAUUUCACCAAAAAUAUCAAAGAAAAACAAAGAUGCAACUGGUACUAAAAUAAAACGCACAAAACGGAAAGUAGAAGAAGACAAUGCUAUGCAUCAUAAAACUGAAUAUACCAGUAUCAAUACUAAGUCGAAGUACGAUUUAGGCGUUUCUAAUAGGGUAAUGGAUACCCAGAAUUUUGUAGAAGAUUUCAGGAUAGAUAAAUGUUGUAAUAGUAAUAAUAGAUUUAAGAUGAAAGGUGAUGGAGAUGAAAAAGAUGUAGAUAAGUUUAUCCGUGAUAAAGAUGCGUUAGUGCGUAAGGAUUUCGAAUUUAUAGACGAUACAAACUCGAUAGAUGCGAAUGGCGAAGAUAUAAGUUUUGCCGAAGCAGUUAAUGACAUUAUUGAUAAUGAAAAUGGGACACCAUUAAAAGAUAACGGGGGACAAAGUAAAUCAAAAAGAGAAUUUAGUUUUUUUAAUGAGACAGCUGAAGUACAAGCUUCACAAGAAAUUGAAGAUAGCAAUAAUAUAGAAAGUGAAAUACCCGCUGAUAUUAAUAUUAUUAAGAAUGAAAGUAACGAAAACAGGUCUGUGCUAAUAGGAGUAUCUCCAAAUAAUGAAACAAAUAUAAAAGUAGAAACACACAUUGAUAGUAGUAGUAAAAAUGACGCAACAAUAACAAAAUCACCAAAUAACAAAUCAGAAAUUGGGCACCAAAAGAAAGAAAAUACAAGAAACGAUCUAGAUUCUAAAAUAUACGAAAUGGAAGAGAAAGCCAUGAAAAAGUUUAAGGGUUCCAUAUUGGACAGUUUAUUUUAA